CUAUCAUUCCUCUCAGAUCACCACCCCCAAAAAACACCACAAUCAUGACCGAUACCCCGACCACCAAAUCCUACACGGGGAACUGCCACUGCGGCCAAGUCAAAUACUCCUUUUCCCUCUCGCCGCCGAUAGAAGACCAGGAGGUCGUCCAGUGUAACUGCUCCAUCUGCACGAUCAACGGCUACCUACUCGUUUACCCAAAAUUAGAGGAUUUCAACUUCCCGAGUGAGGAGACUGUUAAGCCCUACCGCUUCGGAUCGAAACAAGUCCCCCAUUAUUUCUGUAAUAAUUGCGGUUCGAGCGUCUAUGCCAGUGGGACGCUUCCGGGAGUGGGGAGUCUUGUUGCUGUUAAUGUGCGGACUGUUCCCGGUGUUGAGAUCGAGACUUUGAAGCUGAAGAAGAUAGAUGGGCGAAAUUUUACAUUGGAGAAGGAGAAGGAGGGUGAGGUUUAGGUUUGUGAGUCCUUCUUUUUGUCUUUUCGAUGGGGGGUGAAUAGCGGUGUUUUGGCACGGGGAUGGGGGUUGGGCUGUAUAUAUUAUCGGGUUUGUUUGAGGUGUAGUUGGUGCACGUUUGGUGUUUAUAUAUACUUUGGGUUGAGGAUGGGGGUAUGUAGUAGGUAUAUACGUCAGAAACGGAGUGCAGGUUCAAGUUGCAUGUUGUACUUAGCUGUUAUUGCCGUUAUGGUUGGUUGGUGUGUUCGUGGACAGUAGAAUUCAUGUGUAUGGCCCUGGGUA